UUCACCUGAGGACUCAUCCUCAAACUUUCUCUCUCCUCCGAAUUGUAUUUUUUUGCUAGGGAAUAAGUCACUCUUCGUCUUCUCGCUGAGAUUUGUUGACUGACGGCAAGUGUUCCCGUUUUUCGAAAAAGUGUAAAAAAAAUUGUAAAUACUAUUUAAAAUUUGCAUGCGUUUCUUCAUAUAAGAGAAAGCUUACUUGUGACAUUUGGUGUUAUCGAUUUCGUCACCAAACGGAAAAGUUGUCAUCUUGUUCGAAAAAUGGAAAGCGGAGAUCCUGCUGACUCGCCGUCGUCAUCGCCAAUUUUGGCGGUUGGUGGUGUGUCGAUACCGUCGUUACAACCAACGACAACUACAACUACCUGGACUGCGUCGCCACAUCCCGUCGUGAUCAAAUGGGCUGGGAAAGAAAUUGAAUUGGCGGACGUUUCAGGGGCGAAAACUGUUUUAGAUCUCAAAGCUCUAAUCCAUGCUAGAACAGGGGUACAAGUGGAUCGGCAGAAAUUGCUCAAUCUCAGUUUCAAGGGAAAAGUGGCUGCUGAUGACUGCACCUUACUCAAUUUAAAUUUGCGACCUGGGCACAAAAUCAUGAUGAUGGGUUCUCUGGAGAAGGAUAUUGAGAAUGUGGACGUUCCUCCCGAGGAAAGGCCAGAAGUUAAUAAUGACUUGGAUGUCGCUGAAGACUUUGAAUUGGAAGAGUAUUCUGCCCUGAAUCAAAACAAGAUUGCGAGGAGGAUUAAUGAGUACAAUGUGAAUGUGUUGAACCCUCCAAGGCCAGGAAAAAAGCUACUCGUGCUGGACAUUGAUUACACGCUUUUUGACCAUCGAUCCGAAGCGCAAACUGGGACUGAAUUGAUGCGACCAUUUCUUCAUGAAUUUCUCACCACUGCAUAUGCAGAGUAUGACAUAGCAAUUUGGUCAGCAACAAGUAUGAAAUGGAUUCAGGAAAAAAUGAAACUUCUUGGUGUAGAUACUCAUCCGGAUUACAAAAUUGUGUUUUACCUCGAUUACCUUGCUAUGAUUACUGUACCCACACAGAAAUAUGGAGUGAUCAAUGUGAAACCUCUUGGAGUAAUUUGGGGGAAAUUUACAAUGUACACCGCAAAAAAUACCAUCAUGUUUGACGACCUGAGAAGAAACUUUGUUAUGAAUCCGCAACAAGGACUUCGGAUUCGUCCCUUCCGUUCAGCUCAUCUCAAUCGGGCCACUGACCGUGAACUCCUCCGACUUGCCACCUAUCUGUCCCAUAUCGCUAAACUGGAUGAUUUCUCUCAUCUAAAUCACAGCAAAUGGGAGUCUUGCGUGGUCAGGCUGGAAAUCCGGGCAGGCACUUUGCGUCGUAGACGGCGGCCUAGAGAGGGUGACGAGUACAAUGCAGACUCCUCCUGAACCCACCACCUCUUCCUCCUCCUUCCACAUUAGAAUACAACUAUACAGCUACUAUUACUAUUAUUACUACUACUUCAUACAUCUCUGUCUACCACACAAACUUCCCAAAACAACACUCAUUCACCUUUACUCAAGACUUGAUAGUGUCGUCUUCGUAAAUUGCUAUGCGGGUGUGCGUCUGAAAACGUGUUUGUAUGCUCAAUUUUUUUUGUUGAGAGUAAAUUAAAAGUGCAUAACUUGUCAAAUUGUCGUGGGUAUUUUAUCGUCUGUUUAUGUAAUCGAAAUUUUUGCGUCAUGAUAAUUCAUGAAAAAUAAAUAAUGAUACGCA